AUGACAUCCUCUGCCGAUGCUGAUUUUAGUGCUUACUAUGAUAGACUCCGUUAUAAUAUAUCUGUUAUAAGUGGUUUUACAUGCUUGGGUUUAGGCUUUGUGGGUAAUAUCAUGAGCUGUAUGGUGUUUGGUGAAAAAACAAUGCGACAAAAUCCAGGCUCUAUUUAUUUUAUUGCAUAUAGUGUUGUCAAUUUCCUUUCGUUAUUAUUUGGUUUACUCACAAAUAUGCUUUAUGAUUAUAACUUGGAUCCAUCAUCUUACAAUAUACCCUAUUGUAAGAUACACUAUUAUCUACAAAUUAUAUGUAUCGUGAUGGGCGAUUUCUAUCUUCUACUGAUUUCAAUCGAUCGAGUUCUUAUUACAUCGUCAAAAGCAACACUACGACAACGAAGCAACCAUCGUACGGCCUAUAGAUCUAUUGGUGGAGUAACACUUAUUAUGUUACUCUUCCAUAUUCACUUGUUUGUAGGUGUUGGCAUUUAUGAAAUAUAUCCGGGCUUUAAUUAUUGUUAUCUUCAGCCAGGUGGUUAUAGAAUCUUUGAUGCUAUUGCUAACAUUAUGCUCGAGAUUAUACCACUAAUUUUUUUGAGUAUAUUCGGCAUGUGGACAUGGAAAAAUCUUAGCCGAAUACGUGUUCAACCAGCAACUGUUGCUUUGACUGCGGCAAAUACUCAUCGAUCAAAAGAUCGUCAGUUAACUAUUAUAUUUCUUGCUGAAAUAGUUAUCUAUAUGUUUUUUAAUACUGGGACAUGUUUUUUUGGCAUAUACGAACAAAUAACACAAUAUCAAACAAAGAGCGUUCGGCAACAAGCAAUCGAAGAAUUCCUAAUAGGUUUCUUUUAUACUAUCACAUUUAUAGCUCCAUCAACCAGUUUCUAUCUAUAUUUGGCUGUAUCAAAAUCCUUUCGAAAAAAAGCACUUCAAGUAUUGUUUAAGCGAGGUCAACAUUGA